CAAAAAGAAGAAGACGGAACAAGUUGUCAGGUUUCGUCUCAGGAUAACACCGGUUGGAGUCAAAUAUCUCAUUAAUCACAUUAGGAAGAUGGCAUUUAUAAUACGUUUCGCCAAAGGCGUCCGGAAACACUGGAAAAAGUCCACGUUUCUGGCCAGCGCAGUUGCGUAUGGCGUAUCGUAUUCCAGCGAGAAAUAUGAAAUCAAACAGCUGAUGCGUCACUACUGCGAGGAAGCGUCCAAGUAUGGCGAUAUUCGAGUUCCUGUGUCCCAGCGACUUCAAAAGGUUUUGGUUAUACUGAAUCCUGCCGCCAACAGACGGUCAUGCGAAGAAGAUUUCCACGAUUACUGCGAACCGAUCCUCCAUCUCGCCGGCUUUGAGAUUGACAUCGUGAAAACCGAUUCCGAAGGUCAUGCUAGACGCUACGUUGAGGAACUGGCUUCCCUCCCAGAUGCCAUAGUCGUUGCCGGUGGCGAUGGCACCAUUUCGGAGGCAAUCUCCGGACUCAAACGUCGCUCUGACGGUGCCCAGUGUCCGAUCGGUGUCCUGCCGGUGGGGCGUACAAACAGCCUGGCCACAGCGUUGUUCAAAACAAGUGAUCAAACGACAACGCUUGAAAACGUUCGGGCGAUGGCAAAUGCUGCUUAUGCGGUGGUCGCGGGGAAGCGGGAGAAAAUGGACGUGAUGAAGAUUGAAGUGCUGCCCAACGAGGCCGAUGAGAAGGUCCCGGAGAAGCCAGUCUAUGCGAUCGGAAGCUUGCAGUGGGGUGCCUUUCGGGAUAUUUUAGCUCUGCGGGAUAAAUAUUGGUACACUGGGUCACUGCGGGAUUAUACGGCUUUUCUUUUCAACGCGUUCGAUGGUGGACAUACGUGGAACUGCAAAGCAAAGGUGUCAUUUACGGAGCCUUGCUCCGGUUGUAGCAAUUGUUACAAGGACAUUCAGCAGCAGACGCAACGGAAAGAACAACCAAGACGAUGGUGGUCGGUGUUUUUACCGCAGAGGAAGAAGGAUGACGGUAUCGACUACACGAAAGUGGUAAACAACGAGUGCUCCAUUGCACACGAGCUGGAGAUUAACCCUUCGGAGUUGGUGCUGCAAACGGCCAACAUUGACAGUGAAAAAAAUGGAAAUAAGCCAAAGUUGUGUUUAAGGAUUGGUUCACCAGUGGAUUCUGGCUUCACUUUCCUGGGUGAAAGUUGGCCUCGACUUUGGCAUCGGCGAUAUAUCGAAUGUCCAACCGAAAAGGCUCUAGAAAUCCGAACUCUGGAAAUAAUUCCACAAAAUUUGAAGGUAACGGAAUCUGAAACUGAAAUGUUCUAUUCCAUCGACAGCGAAGCUUACGAAGUUAGACCAGUACGAAUAACGGUGAUACCAAAUACAGUGGAAAUAUUCACAUUUUGAUGUAAGUUAUAGCUAAGUAUUAAAAGUUAGUGACAAAAAUGUACAAUUUUUGUGCAAU